UAGAAGCGGAUGAGGUGCUAGUGUAACUGCCGGAGCGCCCGUUAACGCAAGCCUGGAAGGAUUGCGCGGAGAGAGAGAGCGAAAGAAUAAGAUGGAAGUAUUAAACCAAGCUUCUAUAGUAAGAGGAAGAAGCUUCCUCUGUGCUCCUCAACGCCUUAUCUCCUCUCCUUCUCCAUUCCCAAACCCUCACCUGUCCCUCCACUUCUCGACUUCUCGCCGAACAAGAAAUAACCUUCCCAGUCUCAGAUGCUCGCUCGACCACGAUAACGAUCCCCAUAACGGGGUAGUAUACCCUAGACCCACCGAGAUCCCAUGGAAGAAGGAGCUCUGCAACUCUGUUCAACUUAUCGGCAUCAUCGCUACUCCAAUCGAAAUCCGGCAUUUCAGUUCUGGCAAGGUCCUAGCCUGGACUCGCAUUGGGGUCAAGAAAUCCGCCACUGAUACCUCCUGGAUCAGUUUAACAUUCUGGGAUGAGUUGGCACUUGUUGCUUUCCAGCAUGUAGAGAAAGGACAGCGUAUAUAUGUUUCUGGGCGGUUGAUCUCAGACACUGUCGAAGUAGAUGAUGGAAAGCGGCAGACAUACUACAAGGUAGUUGUUCAACAACUGAAUUUUGUUGAAAAUAGCCUCUCACAAACUCCCUCAUUUGAGGGUGAUACAAAUCCUACAAGAACAGAUGGAAAAGUUGGAAAUUAUAUUCGUAAUGAUGUGGGUUCCACUCAAGAACUUUGGCAAGCCUUUUUUGCUAAUCCAGUGGACUGGUGGGAUAAUAGGAAGAACAAGAGGAACCCGAAAUAUCCAGAUUUCAAGCACAAACAUACUGGAGAAGCUUUGUGGGUUGAAGCCAAGUAUAAUCCACCUUGGGUGAAGUCUCAACUGGCAAUUCUGGACUCAAGGAUGGAGUCUUUUCAGACAUAUGAAGCAAAUACACCUGCUGCUUUUCUGGCUAACAAUGAGUUCACACCUUUCUAGCCAUUGGCUCUCUGCUAGAAGCUGGAUCCUUUUAUGUUUUUGAUUUUCUUCAAAGAUGAUUUUGGACGAUUGCUUACCCAUUCUUCCGAGGUGUAGCCUGAUAUUCUUCUUAGUAUAUUUGGGACUCAUGAAUCUGUAUUACUUGCUGCCCCUGAAGCUUUUGCAUCUUGUUCAUUUGGCUUAUGGAAACUUUCUGGGCAUGCCUUCAUGAAUAGAACAAUUUGUCUUUUGAAA